AUGAGGUCCCGACAACAGAAGAUGCUGCUCGGCCUGUCCGGGCUGGUAGCAGCCGCUGUUGCAGGUGAUAUCAGGUUUCCAGAUGCAUGGGCCUCUGAGCAGAUCCCCUUGGAAUCCGAAAACUGCACAAUCAGUCACAUGUCAAGAUACGAUGAGGCGAGGAGAGGCGCACCAAUAUUUCUCUCAACAAACCCGCUAGAUCACUUCGAAAAGCCUAGCGUUGAGCCUUUGAACACAACCACCGGAGAACAGUGGGAAUUCGAUGGCAUAUCGGAAGACGGAAGACAGGCUUUUAUGAUUGGCUUCUACCGUGACACAAGUUUUGCCUUCAUGGGGACCGGUAACCUGCGGUUCUAUUUCGAAUACGCCUUUCCAAACGGGACGAGACACGCCGUCGUCCACUAUGCCGAGUCCUCGACGAUUGAGACGUGUGCUGGUCGUGGGACCCGUGGGGUGUGGCGAGGCCAUGACUGGACAUACAGUUUCGAAGUUUCCGACGACAUGUCGCAAACCCGGAUUUCUAUGGAUGGGCCAGAGGAGAAAGCCGCAAUCAGCAUGAACUCGCUUGCGCCACCACGAUAUGCAAACAACGAGAUCUGGCCUUCCUCAAACGGCGACACUGAGCCUGUCCCGUUCUUCCACUGGGUUGAGCCGGUCCCCGUGGCGGACGCCCGCAUCGACGGAGUCGUCGCUGGCGAAGCUGUGUCCUGGAUAGGCAUGGGUGGCCACGAGCGUCUUUGGGGCGCGUAUAGCUGGUAUACCUGUGUCGCCAGCAUGACAGCGGUCCGGCUGCAUACUGGGCCGUACGCACUGUCGCUCGUCGAGUUUGGUUCGAAUCGUGAGCAUGAUACCAUCGUUCCAUCUGUGAUAAUGGCAGAGGAUGGAAAGGUCAUUUUCAGCACAAGGAGAGCGGCACCACACGAAAAUGAGGACUGGAUGCAGGUGCGGAAGUUGUACGGAGCUGAUGGCAUCACCACGGAACAGCUUGCAGACAAGGCCACUGGGUUUAGACUCACUUUACACUCUCCUGCAGGGGGCAAGACUUGGAAAUUUGAGGUCAAGCACUUGAAUAUUGGUUUCGAGUAUCCCUUUGGCGAAGGCGUUGGCAGCACUGGCUAUUCAGGUCUAGCUGAAGGAGGGCUUGUUGGCGCGAAAACUCACCAUGGCCCGGCCUACACAGAGAUCAUGAAAUUUCCAAAGAAAUCCUGGCUUCUGGCCAGGAGUCCGAUUCGGUAG